CCAUCCGGGCUGCGGGGGGAGCCGGUGCCCGGUGCCGCCUCUGCCCCGUGCGGUGUCACCGGUGACCGCAGCCCCGCGGGCGGGGCGGGGGCGGGAGGGGCCGGGCCGUUGUUCCCGGUAUCCCCGGACUCGUGCCGGAGCGGCGGGGCCGCGCUCCCGGGGCUGCCGGGGCCAUGGUGGGCGCUGCCCGGCUCUGGCCGCUCUGGCUGUGGCUGCUGCCCACCGCAGCCUUCAACCUGGACACGGGCAGCGCCGUGCUCAAGGACGGUGCCAGCGGCAGCUUCUUCGGCUUCGCCGUGGCGCUGCACCGACAGCUGAGCCCCGAACCCAUGGGUUGGCUGCUGGUGGGGGCCCCACAGGCACCAGCAUUGCCCAGCCAAGGUGCCAACCGCACUGGGGGGCUCUUUGCCUGCCCCCUGACUCUGGAGCCCUCCGACUGCUGGCGAGUGCCCAUUGAUGAUGGAGUGGACCUGGAGCAGGAGAGCAAAGAGAACCAGUGGCUGGGGGUGAGCGUGUCGAGCCAGGGUGCCGGCGGCAAGAUUGUGACGUGCGCGCACCGGUACGAGGCACGGCACCGUGUGCAGCAGCCGCUGGAGACCCGGGACGUGCUCGGCCGCUGCUUCGUGCUGGGCCAGGACCUGCAGGAUGAGCCCGAGGGUGGCGACUGGAGCUUCUGCCGGGGGCGGCCGCAGGGCCACGAGCAGUUCGGGUCCUGCCAGCAGGGCCUGGCCGCAGCCUUCAGCCCCGACCGCCUCUACCUGCUGCUGGGAGCACCCGGCACCUACAACUGGAAGGGGACCUUGCGUGUGGAGCUGCUGCCCCAGAGCCCCCCGGACCCGCUGCACUUCGACGACGGCCCCUACGAGGCAGGGGGCGAGAAGGAGCAGGACCCCACGCUCAUCCCUGUGCCCUCCAACAGUUACCUGGGGUUCUCGGUGGCGUCGGGCGCGGGGCUGACGCGGCAGCGGGAGCUGAGCUUCGUCACCGGCGCCCCCCGCGCCAACCACACCGGAGCCGUGGUCAUCCUGCGCCGGGACAGCGCGCACCGGUUGGUGCCCGAGGCCGUGGUGCCGGGCCAGCAGCUCAGCUCCGCCUUCGGGCACAGCGUGGCCGUGCUGGACCUCAACAGCGACGGGUGGCUGGACCUGGUGGUGGGGGCCCCCCACUUCUUCGAACGCCAGAAGGAGAUCGGGGGGGCCGCCUACGUCUACAUCAACCCCGCGGGGCGCUGGGACGCCGCCACCCCCCUGCGCCUCAAUGGCACCCGCGGUUCCAUGUUCGGCAUCGCCCUCAGCGCCGCCGGGGACCUCAACCACGACGGCUUUGAGGACCUGGCCGUUGGAGCACCCUUCGAUGGCGCCGGCAAAGUCUACAUCUACCACGGCAGCAGCCUGGGCAUCGUGGCCACACCGGCGCAGGUGCUGGAUGGGGAGGCCGUGGGGGUAACGACGUUUGGGUACUCACUCUCGGGAGGGCUGGACGUGGAUGGGAACCUCUACCCCGACCUGCUUGUGGGAUCCCUCUCGGACACAGUGGUGCUGUACAGAGCCCGCCCCGUCGUCCAUGUCUCCCGCAACGUGACCCUGGACCCCCCCAACAUCGACCUGGAGCAGAGCAACUGCCGCCAUGAGAAGGGAGUCUGCGUGGACGUCGGCGCCUGCUUCAGCUACACCGCCAGUCCCGGCAGCUUCGGCCCCCGCCUCGCGCUGCAGUACGUGCUGGACGCGGACGGGGACCGGCGGCGCCUGGGACACGCUCCCCGCGGUGCCUUCCUGAGCCGCCGCAGCUCGGACCCCGAGCAUCAGUUCUCCGGUACCGUGGAGCUGCCGCGGCAGCAGGCGCGGGUCUGCAUCACCGCCACCUUCCAGCUGCAGGACAACAUCCGUGACAAGCUGCGCCCCAUCACCAUGACUCUGGCUUAUGGCAUCCAUGGAGAUGGGGCCACACGGCAGCGCCAGGAUUCAGCAAGGCUCCGCCGGGGCUCGGUCCUGCCACCACUGUCACCUGUGCUAAGCCCACAGCAGCCCAACAGCCACCGCACUGAGGUUCACUUCCUGAAGCAGGGCUGUGGGGAUGACAAGAUCUGCCAGAGCAACCUCCAGCUCCACUUCCAGUUCUGUGCCCGCCUUGGGGAUGCCGAGUUCCUGCCACUUCCGCGGGGGGAUGAUGGAGCUGCCAUCCUCGCCAUCAGCGACCAGAAGGACGUGGCCCUGGAGAUCCACGUCACCAAUGAGCCCUCGGAGCCGGCAGAGCCGCAGCGGGAUGGGGACGAUGCACAUGAGGCGCUGCUCAGAGCUUCCUUCCCCCCCGAGCUGCCCUACUCUGCCCUGCGCCACGAUGAGGGGCUCCCCACUGAGAAGCCGGUGCUUUGUCUCGCCAACCAGAACGGCUCCCAAGUGGAAUGUGAGCUGGGGAACCCCCUGCGGCGUGGGGCUGAGGUCCGGUUCUUCCUCAUCCUCAGCACCUCAGGCAUCACGCUCCAGACUACAGACCUGGAGGUGGAGCUGGUGCUGUCCACCAUCAGCGAGCAGCCGGGGCUGGUGCCGGUUUUGGCUCGUGCACGCGUGGUCAUCGAACUGCCACUCUCAGUGACAGGCGUGGCGGUGCCACCGCGGCUCUUCUUUGGCGGCACAGUACGGGGGGAGAGCGCCAUGAAGCACGAGAGCCAAGUGGGCAGCGCUGUGCGCUUGGAGGUGACGGUCUCCAACCGGGGCCAGUCGGUGAAGACGCUGGGCUCAGCCUUCCUGACGCUGCUCUGGCCCCACGAGCUCCCCAAUGGGAAGUGGCUCCUGUACCCGCUGCACCUGGAGCUGGUGGUGGCCCCAGGGCAGGCGCUGCCCUGCAGCCCCACUGCAAACCCCCUGCGCCUGGCGCUGGAGCCCCAGGAGCAGCCGGAGCAACCCAUGCCGGGGGCCUGGUGGGUGCCGGCACCUGCUGAGAGAAGGAGGAAUGUCACGUUGGACUGUGCCCAGGGCACCGCGCGCUGCCAGCCGUUCCGCUGCCCAUUGCCCAGCUUUGAGCGCGCGGCCGUGCUGAGGGCCCGCGGUCGUCUCUGGAAUGGCACCUUCCUGGAGGAGUUCCUGGCUGUCACCUCGGUGGAGCUCAUCAUCCGCGCAAGCGUCUCGGUGACCUCCUCCAUCAAGAACCUGGUGCUGAGGGAUGCGUCGGUGCAGAUCCCCGUCAGUAUCUACCUGGACCCCGGCGCGGCGGUGGCAGGUGGUGUGCCCUGGUGGGUGAUCCUGCUGGCGGUGCUGGCCGGGGUCCUCCUCCUGGCGCUGCUCGUGGCCGGGCUCUGGAAGGUCGGGUUCUUCCGGCGGGCGCGGGCGGUGCCGCCGGCGCUGCCGCAGCACCACGCGGUGAGGAUCCCGUGGGAGCAGCGGCCGCAGUUCCGCGAGGAGAAGACGGGAACGAUCCAGCGCAAGGAGUGGGCAGCGCUGAGCGACGGCGGCGACGGCCGCGUCACCCCCAGCUCCGCGUGACCCCGCGGCGGGGGACCCCUCGGCGGAGGGAGCCGCGGGGCGGCCCCGUGCCGGGGCCAUCGCCCCAUAGCGGUGCUCGACCCAAUAAAGCAGCGGCCCCGGCGCUGGGGCACAGGCGA